CGCAUAACACUGCAUUUCAUAUCGUCAUCCACCGCUUUGGACAGUUUUCUUCUGCUCGGUACUGCAGCUUAAUUUUUCCCUUGGUACUUCUUGAACGGAGCUUAAAAUGAAAGUGCUUAUCGGCCUGUUGUCUUUGGCGGCCGUGUGCCAUGCAGGAGUGUACAAACGCGCUGCCGGUGACCAGAACCCGAAGGUAUUUUCCGCUUUGGAUGAUUUGAGUGGUGGUAAGACGAAGCUGGAUGCCGGACAACGAGCGGAUGUCUACAAAGCCGCGGUAGCCGGUCAGGACUUCCCUACUCUGUCCGCCAUUCCCAAAGCCGGUGUUGACUGCGCAUCCGUCAAGCCGGGUUUCUAUGCUAACGAUGGCGAAGGCAAAUGCCAGGCUUUCGACCGUUGUGACGUCAACGGCAACCUCACCAGCUACCUUUGCCCCAACAUGACGUUGUUCAACCAAAUCACCCUCGUCUGCGACUGGUUCUUCAACGUUGACUGCACCAAAGUGCGCAAGUACUACGACUACUCCAACAGCCGCCUGUACCAGGAAGGAUCACCUCUGCUGGACGACGAGCCCGAUUAUGUCGUUGUUGCUACCGGAGCCUCCUCGUCCUCCUCCGCCUCGGCUUCCGGCUCCGUGACUAUCAAGAAGACUGUGAAAGCCAAGGGAAAGGGAAAGCGUGAAAAGCGUGCUGCCGGUGACCAGAGCCCCAAGGUGUUCUCCGCCCUGGACGUUCUCAGCAACGGCAAGACUAAGCUGGAUGCCGGUCAGCGUGCUGAACUGUACAAAGCUGCCCAGGCUGGUCAGGACUACCCCACUAUUGCCGUGAUUCCCAAAGCCGGCGUCGACUGUGCCUCAGUCAAACCAGGUUUCUAUGCUAACGACGGCGAGGGCAAAUGCCAGGCUUUCGAUCGUUGCGAUGUUAACGGCAACUUGACCAGCUACCUGUGCCCCAACAUGACCCUGUUCAACCAGAUCACUCUGAUCUGCGACUGGUUCUUCAACGUCGACUGCACUAAGGUCCGCCAGUUCUAUGACUACUCCAACAGCCGCCUGUACCAAGAAGGAUCUCCUCUUCUGGAUGACGAACCAGACUACGUCGUGGUUGCUACUGGUGCGGCCGAAUCAUCUGCCUCCGCCUCUGGCUCAGUGAGCGUUAAGAAGACCGUCAAAUCCAAGGGCAAGCCGAAGCGAGAGUUCAGCGAACAUCAAAUUGAAAAACGUGCAGCUGACCAAAGCCCCAAGGUGUUCUCCGCCUUAGACGUUCUGAGCAACGGCAAGACCAAGCUAGAUGCCGGUCAACGAGCUGAACUGUACAAAGCUGCUCAAGCCGGUCAGGACUACCCCACUAUUGCUGUGAUCCCCAAGGCCGGUGUUGACUGUGCCUCCGUCAAACCUGGUUUCUAUGCUAACGAUGGCGAGGGCAAAUGCCAGGCUUUCGAUCGUUGUGACAUCAACGGAAACCUGACCAGCUACCUGUGCCCCAACAUGACGUUGUUCAACCAAAUCACACUGAUCUGCGACUGGUUCUUCAACGUUGACUGCACCAAAGUUCGUCAGUUUUAUGACUACUCCAACAGCCGUCUGUAUCAAGAAAACUCGCAUCUCCUCGACGACGAACCCGAUUACGUUGUGGUGGCUACUGGAGCUGCUGAAUCCUCUGCCUCCGCCUCUGGCUCUGUGACCGUCAAGAAGACCGUAAAAGCCAAGGGAAAGGGAAAGCGUGAAAAGCGUGCUGCUGGUGACCAGAACCCCAAGGUCUACUCCGCCCUGGAUGUUCUGAGCAACGGCAAGACUAAGCUGGAUGCCGGCCAGCGUGCUGAGCUGUACAAGGCCGCCCAAGCCGGUCAGGACUACCCCACUAUUGCCGUGAUCCCCAAAGCCGGUGUUGACUGUGCCUCAGUCAAACCAGGUUUCUAUGCUAACGACGGCGAGGGCAAAUGCCAGGCUUUCGAUCGUUGUGACGUCAACGGAAACCUCACCAGCUACCUCUGCCCCAACAUGACGUUGUUCAACCAAAUUACCCUGAUCUGCGAUUGGUUCUUCAACGUUGACUGCACCAAAGUCCGCCAGUUCUAUGACUACUCCAACAGCCGCCUGUACCAGGAAGGAUCUCCUCUCCUGGACGACGAACCCGAUUAUGUUGUGGUCGCCACGGGAGCGGCAUCGUCGUCCGCGCCUGGAUCAUCGGAAGCCAAGAAACCGGCAAAGUCUAAAAAAGGCGGGAAGAAGCAAUAGUCUGAUUAGUUAAUGUGUGAUGAUGUUGUGAUCUUUUUAAUUUCUUCGCCUGUAGUAUAGUGCUUGUUCUUUUCUGGUAGUAUUAGUGCUGCUUGUUAAUUUUCACAAAGCUGGUCUCUUUUCCGUCUCUCUUAAUACAUUGUUUCAAUUUCGAUGACCUAACUUCAGCGCACAUUGCGUAUGCUUAUGAGCUUGGAGAACGAAAAAUACCAAGAUAAAAUUCGAAGAAAUUG